UAGUAUACCUCACCUCUCCCUGUCCGUCGUCGUCUACCGAUCCCCCUUCCAUAUCAUCUCCAUCUCCCUCUCCCGAGCUCAGGGGAGGAACGAGAGCAUGCCUGGAUGUCCACGGAGAGGGAGAGACUCGAUGAGAUCGGCAAGAAGAUCAAGCGAGAGCCGGAUACAGCCGCCCUCGCCCUCGCCGCCGCCUCCACCUCCACUGCGCCGGCAGACAACCGCGCACCCCGCCGCCUCGGUCUCAGCCUCGGCGGCGCCCUCAACACCGUGACCCCCUGCGCCGCGUGCAAGCUCCUCCGCCGCCGCUGCGCGCAGGAGUGCCCCUUCGCCCCCUACUUCUCGCCGCACGAGCCCCACAAAUUCGCCGCCGUCCACAAGGUCUUCGGCGCCAGCAACGUCUCCAAGAUGCUCCUGGAGGUGGCGGAGGGGGAGAGGGCGGACGCGGCGAGCAGCCUGGUGUACGAGGCGAACAUCCGGCUGCGGGACCCCGUGUACGGAUGCAUGGGCGCCAUCUCCGUGCUACAGCAGCAGGUGAACGCGCUGGAGGCCGAGCUGGAGGCGGUGAGGGCCGAGAUCCUCAAGCACAGGUACCGGCAGGCCGGCGCCGGCCUCAUGGACGACGCGCGCGCCACGGCCAGCUUCGCGGCUCCGGUGCACGCGGGGGACGUGGUGCCGGUGGUGGAGGCAGGCCAAGAGGUUGCAGGCGGCGGCAGCGCUGCCGGCGCUCCGGGGAUGUCGGCGUCGUCCGCCGUGUACGUUGCCGAAGCCGAGCUGCCCUCAAGUACUACUGAUCACUAUAGCUCCCAUAACCCAAGUGAGCAUGCUGCAUACUUUGGUUGACAUGCUUGAAUUUAUUUAACAUUUUGGUGAGAUCACAACUAAACUGCCGGGAGAAUAAACUGUGUGAAAGUUUAAUUUUAUAUAUACAGGUUUUCUAGAAGUAGAUCUGUAGAUGUGGUCACAUUGGGCGACGAAAAAGUUCGUCCAGUGGAAUGUGUGUGCCAUUAUUUUCUUGUAAUUGCCCAUAGCGAUUGUCGGUUGAUUAUUAGUUCAGUUAAACAAUGCACCUUGAUCCU